UACUUUGGAAGUCAAUACAGCAACACGUACAUUUUCCAGAUCUUGAAUACUAUAUACAUUUUGUUACUAUAUUAUAUAUAUAUAUGAUAUUCUUUUCUAAAAAUGAGUGAAACGAAGGUGAAGGGAGACAAAUCGAAAAGGCAGAACAAGAAAAAGGAGAAAGUCCCCGAUAAGAAAGUGGAUGAGGAAUAUCUUCGUCGCCGGCGGAUCUUAUGUCAAUUAUCCCGGGCUCCUGGAAUAUGCCCGCUGGGCAAUUGCGAGCAGGUGGUUUUCCCCUCGGGCCUGUUGGUUCACCUUCUCCACAAGCACGGCCACGAACCCACCAAAAUGAUAUACAUAGUUUACGAUGAUCAGCCACUGCGUUUAAAAUUCAAACUCGAUGACCUUGAGCUGGAUGUACCGCAGGCCAUGGCCAUAUUGCUGUAUGCUGGCACCGAGAAUAAAAAAGAAACUCUGCCAGCUCGCCGGCAUUUGAGUUUCCCCAACAGCGGUCUUCUGAACGAAAGACGUUGCUAUGAACAUCAUUUGACCAUGGUCCUUAUGAUUUGCAGGUCCACCUGGACUGCCAUGCUGCCCGAUCAGGAAUUGGCCACCGAGCUGGAGGAGAAUGACGUGCCGAAUAAUACCAUAUAUAUCAUCUGGUUGGUCUCUCCGGUGACCACCAAUCGAAUGCUAUACACCAUGACCCUCUUCGAUCGUUUCUACAUACAAUCGCGUGGUGUCAUUCGAAAUACCAGGAACUAUAUUGCCUCACAGAAUCCCAGGGAUUUUCUAAGUCUCGAAUCGGAUUACCUUCUACUCCGCCAUGAAGAUGCAUUGGAUUUAAUGGGUGAAAAGGAGAAUACCGGGCACGAUGUCGACCUGCCGGAGGGCAUUCGUUUGGAACUGUUCCUGCACGAGGACCUGUCCGCAAAUUUCGUAGAGAGCCGGAUCUCUAGACAUGUGCUGGAUACCUACAAUGGCCACGGUGCAAAAAUGCCACGCAAUAAGAUGAAUCUCGAUAGGGAUGCCCAGGGAAAACUGUUCCUCAAUCGAAAACCCCUCUCGGUUCCCACGAUAGCCAGUCCAAAGGCGUCGUCUCCGGAAAUGGAAAGCAUUCAGCCCGAGGAGGCUAAAAAGAAUACAAUCGAUGAUCAGAGCAAGGAACUGGCCCCUAAGGUUUCCAAGGAAAAAACGAAGGCCAGGAAGAAGGCUAAGCCUUUGCGGGGACACUCCUCUGAGUUAAUAGUUGAUAAAGAUCUUAUAAAAUCGCUUGUGACUGAUCAAAAGAAGGUUUAUAAAAAGGAACUUGAAUUGAGUCAAGAAGUAAACCCAAAGGAUGACAAAGAGGAAAAUGAUAAUUGCCAAAACAAACUAGAAGCCAAAUGGUCCAAUUAUGUAAUUGCUUUGAAGCGGAGAAAAGCCAAAGCUAAGAAGCUGAAAAAAACCAUGGAAAAGUAUCUGCAAACUUGCCAAGAGGAAAAUUCUUCUUUAAGUAAUCUCGAAGACACCCUCAGGGAAUUUGCUAAAGCGGAUCCUGACCAGCUUUUAGCCGAUAAGGGUAAAAAGAAAAGAAAAUCCAUUUCACCGGAAAGACAUCCAAGGAAAUCCAAGCAAGUGUGCCCAGAAGAACCCACAGGAUCACGCAUGAAGGCAGGAUCCAGCCGAGCAGUGACCAUGGAAUCCAUAGAAGAAAUCACAGCCAUUCCCAUGAGGGAACUGCAGGAAUCGAUAUGGAAUUUGCAAAUUCCGAUCACCAAGGAAGUACUGGAAACGGUGAAGGAGGCGGUAAUUAAGUCGGUCAAGGAGGCGGUUAUAAAGGUGGCCCAAAAGACGGAAAAUCUACAGCCAGAAUUCGAGCUGGAAGAGCAGGAGAUGCGGAAACCUGCCUUAGAAUCUCAAUCCAAACCAGAAACCCAACCGGAAAUGCAAGGCAAGACUAAAACCGUUACGGAAACGGAAAUGACACCAGAAAACCUAGCCAAAAUCCUUGGAGUUGCCAUUGAAUCAGUUUCCGUAACCGACUGCGAUUCAGGCUCGGAAACCUGUGCCCCGUGAUCAAACAUCAUCUAAUAUGCUAAAGGUCAUUUGUAUAAAUCUGAAGUUACUUUCAUGGUCAACCAUUUUCGGUUAAUCUCUUCCAAAUUUCAUCCAACGAAUUGUAAUUCUUUCCGUACAAUAAAUGACCCAAAUUCUGGUAGCAUACCUAAUACGA